ACAAAUUAGAGGGCGGGACAAAGCCUAUGAAGUGAUCGAUGCGAAAGGGAUGCAAUGAUUGGAUGGAUACUCUCUUCCUUUCUCUUCCACCGCCACUGUCCUGUGGCUCAUACCACCCGGCUUUGGGAGGGGGAGAGGUAAUCUGUUGGUUCAGCUCGUCUCCAUUAGGGACGAGAGGGGCGGGGGAAAGGAAGGAGGAGGAAGUCCUUUAUUGCCCACCAUGCAACGCGCGCCGUAGGUAGCUCUUUUGGACUCUGCGCGGGGAGGGGGUGGGAGGAGGUUGGUGCCCAAUCCAAGAUGGCGGUGCAGGAAUCAGCUGCUCAGCUCUCAAUGACUUUGAAGGUGCAGGAGUAUCCCACUCUCAAGGUACCUUAUGAAACACUGAACAAACGGUUUCGUGCUGCACAGAAAAAUAUUGAUCGAGAGACGAGCCACGUUACUAUGGUUGUUGCAGAGCUGGAGAAGACAUUGAGUAGCUGUCCUGCUGUGGAUUCAGUUGUUAGUCUCCUUGAUGGAGUAGUUGAAAAGCUCAGUGUUCUGAAAAGAAAGGCAGUUGAAUCAAUCCAGGCUGAAGAUGAGAGCGCAAAACUUUGUAAACGCAGGAUUGAGCACCUUAAAGAACAUAGCAGUGACCAGCCAGCUGCUGCCAACAUGUGGAAGAAAAAACGUAUGGAUCGCAUGAUGGUGGAACAUCUCUUGCGCUGUGGUUACUACAAUACAGCUGUAAAACUAGCCAGGCAGAGUGGUAUUGAGGACUUGGUAAAUAUUGAGAUGUUCUUGACGGCUAAAGAAGUGGAAGAAUCUUUGGAAAGGCAAGAAACUAUGACUUGCUUGGCUUGGUGUCAUGAUAACAAAUCCAGGCUCAGGAAAAUGAAGGGGCGCCAAAAUGAGAACGAACCGAAGAUGGGACGCAAAAGUAAAUCGGCCUGUGAUUACUCUAAAGAAAAUGAUGAUCUUGUUAUGGAAACCAUUAAAGGAAAACCAGAAUUGAGCUGUCUGGAGUUCAGCCUAAGGAUUCAGGAGUUCAUUGAACUCAUUCGACAGAACAAGAGACUGGAUGCUGUGAGACAUGCAAGAAAGCAUUUCAGUCAGGCUGAAGGAAGUCAGCUGGAUGAGGUCCGACAAGUGAUGGGAAUGUUGGCCUUUCCUUCAGACACUCAUAUUUCCCCCUAUAAGGAUCUCUUGGACCCUGCACGAUGGAGAAUGCUGAUUCAGCAGUUUAGAUAUGAUAAUUACAGACUACAUCAGCUGGGGAACAAUUCUGUUUUUACUAUAACACUCCAGGCAGGCCUUUCAGCUAUAAAAACACCACAGUGUUAUAAAGAGGAUGGCAGUUCAAAAAACCCAGACUGCCCUGUGUGUAGCAAAUCUCUGAACAAGCUGGCUCAGCCUCUGCCUAUGGCACAUUGUGCCAACUCCCGACUAGUCUGCAAGAUUUCAGGGGAUGUAAUGAAUGAAAAUAAUCCUCCCAUGAUGUUGCCAAAUGGAUAUGUCUAUGGAUACAAUUCCCUGCUUUCUAUUCGUCAAGAUGACAAAGUAAUUUGCCCAAGAACCAAAGAAGUCUUCAACUUCUCACAAGCUGAGAAAGUCUAUAUCAUGUAGGUCCAUAAAAUACAUGAUGAAAUGCCGCUGGAAUUUUGACACAGGAUUUAUUGGCAUGCCCUGGAGAAGGGCGGCCUUAUGUGUGGCAAAGAAGCAAAAUCUGCCACCUUGGGGAUCAGACCUGUCGGUGGCAUUAUUGUUUCUUGCGACCAAAGAUCAAUGAGCAACAGUACACACUCUUAAAAAGAGAGGAAACAUGACUUAAGUUUGUACUUGAAAAUAAAACAAAUUUUGAUUGUUAGCGUUUUGUAACAUAAGGUCAAAAAUUGGACUCAUCUCAAAAAUACUUUCAUCUUUCAAAGGAGAAUUUUCUUUAAAGAUGGACAUUUGCACUGGGGGAAACGUUACAAUAGAUUUGAAACUAAAUCCAUUUUCCUUCCCUCCGUUUUUCACAAUUGUCCAAGGCCCUUUUGUUAAUUAUCGAAGAUUUCAGUUAAUACGAGUGUGUUCUCCUUUAAGCUGCUCUUUGCCUUCUUUUCUGAUCCUCUUGUGAAGUAAUAAUCCUGAAAUGGGUCGUUGUAAUUAGUUCCAUGGGAAGAUACUGAUGUCAUUGACACAAGACUGGCUUCACUGGAGGAUCAAUGAGAGACUGGUUUGAAGGAGUAUGAAAUCUUUUUUUUUCCCCAAAACCAAAUUUUUUAAGGAGGUUGCAUAAAUAUCAAGAGGAACUGAGAACAUUUCAGGCAAAAUACACUGCUUGUUUGGAUGUUCUUUUUCCAGUUUACCAUAGUGUUAAAGUCCUUCUAAAGUUAUUAGUUAUGUGCAUAGGGUUCAAUAUCAAAUCAUUAGUGCUACUGCCUUAUUUCUUGCUUUGAGAAUGUACUCACAUGAAAAUCAGCUGGUAUCCUUAAGUGUUGGGCACAGUUUGGAAGAUGCCUUGCAGGAUGAUUACAUAAUUUUAGGGUCUAAAUAGUAUUCAUUACUGAAACUAAUAGUUCAGUUUUAAUUACUACAGAACACACCCUUAUGACUUUUCAAGAGAAUAAACCAUUGUAGUUUAAACAAAACCAUAUUGUAGAGGUUUGUAUUUAGCGCUUAUUUUUGCAUGUUGAUGUUGAUUAGCUAAUAAAAGAUUGUACAUGUAAAACCUGUUAAUAAAAAUUGUUUUCCAUUUCUUAAUGAUA